CGCCGGUCUCAGAGGAAUCAGGGUUAGAAGCUGAGGAAGUGAAUACAUGUCAAGUAUCCGAUAGUACUUGUAUUAAGGAGACUAUUAAAGAAACAGCUCAGCAUAUUAUACAAGAUAAACUUAGUGAAAAAGAUCUAAAAGUAAUCUCUAGAAUUUUAAUUGAAACACCCUCUAACUUCGUCAUUACCUUAUCCCGUCUCUUUAAGCUUCGAAGAGAAUUGUGA